UCAGAGUAACAUAAAUGAUUAUAAAAUUGCUGCAAAUUCAACUAUUUUAUAUAUUAAGUGUAUUUUUUCUUGCUGUAUAGGCAAAUUCUGCAGAUUGCUAGUAGUAAGAGUGCCAAAAUUGCUCAAAUUCAUAACAUUUCCAAUGCUUGGGAUGCAGAUUUCCAUUUUUAUUUGAUUAAAAUAGUCAGAAAUGCACACAAAAGUGUGGAAGUAGAACAUAUUUAGAACUAAUAACAAAUAGCUGCUAGCCAUGUGCUAGUUAGUACUGUAGCAGCUGUUCACAAACACAAUGCUUUGAAUGCGAUUAAGGGUUUUUAAUAAACUAAUUUACAAAUUAAUGUAGAUCAUAAUGCUAAUAAGGACAAUAUUAUUAUAAUGGUUAGUGCAUUGACAAUUGCUAUUAAAUAGCUAAAGAUUAUUCUUUUGAUUAAUCUUCUAAGACAUGUACAUAGCUUCAAAAUUGCCCAAAAUUAACAUUUAAUCCUAUUACUUAAGAUACUGGAGCUAUUGUUUACUUUGAUACUACUAUUGAAAAAGAAAGAAAUAAGCUAAUUGUAAUAGAUGAAUAUGGGAAAGUAAUUAUAAAAUCUAUUCCUGAACUAGAAGUCCUCAACUUUUAUAAUAUAGAUAAUCUUCUAAAUAUUGUAUAAUGUAUGGUAAUUAGUAAUUAAGACAGCUUAAACUAGUAAGUUUCUUGUUUGCUAAACUCACUUUUAGUGAUAGUUUUUGACACAUAUUCGGGAAGUAUUAUAAAAACCAAGUAACUGUUAAAUUAAUAGAUUGGAAAUGUAUGGGGAUAACUAGAUUUCACUUUUAUUGGCAUAUCUGCUCAAAAUAUAGUUUUUUAAUACAAUUUUUAGACUUCUUAGACUUAAUUAAUUGAUUAAAAUUCUGAUAUUUUAAUCAAUAUAGCUAUUGUGACAGAUUAUUUAAUGAAGGGAGAUCAAUAUAUUCUAUCAAUAACACAAAAUAAUGAAGUUUAUUAUUAUGAUUCUAAUUAUUAAAAAAACCAAUUAUUUUAAUAUGAUCAGUCAAUUCCUCUAAAUUUCUUUUACAUAGCAAAUUAAAUAUGGGCUUUUUACUCAGUUUAAUCCAUUAAUUUCUAUGAAAUUAAUUUUUCAUCGACUCCUGUGCUUUUACUAAAAUAAACAUACACUGCUUAGAUAUAGCUUAUUCUAGUCUCUUAAUUUGUGUUAGUUUUGGACUCAAGCAAUAAUCCAUUAUAAAUGUUUUAAGUGAAAGGACUUUUUGAAAUAUAAGAUGUUUCUUAAUUGAUUCCAAAAGGGUUUUAAAGUGUUGAUUGCUUAAUAUAAUAAUAAAAUAAUUUAUUCUUUGUAUCUAAUUAAAACGUGUAUAUUUAUGAAGUUAUAAAUAUGAACUUAAAACUGAGGACAAAUUUUUAGUUAAGGAAUCAAGUGCCAUGCUAAGAAACAUAUUUUGGAGUGAUAAAUUAAGAGAAAGCUAGCUAUCUUCUUAGUAUAUUUGGAUAAGACUAUAUGGUUCAAGAUUUAUCAUCUUCAUAGUCAUUAUAAAAUGAAAAAACUACCUUUUACUCUUCCGAAAAAAUGAAUUUUUUCAUAUAAUAAAAAUUAUUUUAAAACAGUUUUGUUGAUUUUUUUGACUCAGCUACCAGUAAUUAAAUUACUGAGCUAAAGGGCAAUGGAAUGGCCUAUCAAUAUGAUUUUAAUACACAUUAGAUUACGAAAUCAUUUUACUUUUGGAAUAAUUUUAAUUAUACAGAUUAAAACUUAGUUUAAGGAAGAAAAUUAUAUAACUUAAUAUCAGUACAAGAGGAAGAAAAAAUAAUAGUAACAGGUAUGAUAAAUGGAGUGCUAGUAAUCCAAGAGAUGGAUUUAUACACAAACAAAAUUUUACUUGAAAAUACCUUUUAGGAAAUAAAUAUACAUGCAGAUAAUAUAAACUUUUUUAGUAGACCAUUUUAUAUAAAGAGUACUAAAACACUUAUUGUUUACAUAUAUAAUUUCUAUGGAGAGUCGCUCUUCACUGAAACAAGAUAGUUGCAUAUACUUUAAUAUAACUCAGAAUUGAAAAAAUACAUUUAUAAAUUUUCAAUAAGAAUGUUGUUAAGUGAUGUAUAAGUCUCUCAAAAAACAGGUGACAUAAUUUGCUUUUAUCUAGUCGAUUUGUAUAGCAACAUCAUAUACGUUUUUAAUGCGUAUAAAAAUGCAAUUCCUUUAAUUAAAACAAAAUAAUUUUACAAUAUGGGUUCAAAAUAAUUAGGCUUUUUCAAUCUAAAUCAGGAUGGAAUAUUUUAUUCUGAUUUUUUGAAAGGAACUAUGCUCUUAUCUCUUAGUCCUUAAUUCAAACUAAGUGUAGUUAGCUAGGAUUUGUAAAUCUAGUCUUUAUAUAUUUCUAACAACAACAAAUUUAAAAUAUACAUAGCUUAGCCUUAUUCCCUAGCAAAAAUAGUUUCAUUUGAUAAUAACUCUCUUUUGCAAACUUUCCAAACAGGCAUUUACUUGAUAGCAUACAAGACAUUCGGAAAUAUAGUGGCAAUAGCGACAAAUACAUACAUAUUAGUAUGUUAUGAUGGGGACAGAAAUAUUUUAAGAGUAUUAAAUAACUCUCAAUAUGGCUAGAAUCUUAUUUCUCGCUUACACAAUCAAAAUCAAAUUAUCUUCAUAAAUACAUAAAUAGUAGUUUAAAUCAAUUUAGAUGAUGACAAAAUUGAACUUCAAAAUGUUUCUAAGCAACCUAAAUUGUCAUUUUUAGAUUAUAAUGAUAUUCAGAUUGCUCGUACAAAUUCUAAUUACCAAAUGCAGGAACUAGUAAAUUAUGAUGAUAUUUAUUCAUAUAAUUAUGUAUAAUCUGACGAUAGCUUGACUUUCAGAGUAUUGAAUUUAUAGGAAUUAGAUUUAUAAUUUAAUCUUUAUGAUACAAUAAUAAAUGUGGUUUAGUAUAAUACUGUUAUUAAAGUGAUAAAUUAUACAUUUUUAAUUCAAUAAACUGAAAGUUAGAUAAGUUACGAAAGUUAUUCAUUUUAUUUGAAAUUUGAUAAUGCUGCUUUUUACUAUCCACCGAAAAAGUACUUUGUGAUUAUAAAUGGAUUUGACAUUAUUUUUAUUCAAUUGUCUUCUUUCGAAAUUCUGAUGUCUUAUAGUUAGAAGGUGAAUUAUUUGAAGAAUGUUGCUUAUGAUAUAGAUAUUGGAUAUUUGGUUACAUUUGAUGAUAAUGUUGAUUGCUUUUUUGAUCUUAAAAACAUUUCAAAGACAUGCUUAGCUAAUAACAUAACUAUAGAAAAAACUUAGCCUUAUGGAACUAUUAUUUAAAAAUCAAAGAUGUUCGCUAUAUUUUAUAGCAAAAAUUAGAUAAGAAUUUACUCUUUAACUGAAUAAGCUUACAAAGCAAACUUUUCUUUGAGCAGCAUCAAACCAUAUUCAAUUUAUUUUGCUAACAAUGUGGAUUAAAUGAUAGUUGCUGAAUAUAUUUCACAGAAAUUCUUUAUUCUUGAUUUGAAUACCUUUUAGUUAUAAGCCUCUAAAUUUCCUCCGUUUAUUCAAUAAACACUAGAAGAACUCUAUAAAUUCUACUUCUUUUAAGAUCUGAAAUCAGUUAUGAUACUAACUUCAUAUAGCAACUAAUUUACUAUUUAUGACAUCUCAACUUAGAAUCCUUAAAAGUUAAUCAACCUGCAAUAUGUAUUUAAUAACCAAGCCUAAUUUGCUGUUGAUGAAAAUUUAGGCAUAGUCAUAUUCAUAGAUACUAAAAAUUAAGUAGAGAUUGUUUCGUAUUUAACCAAUUAAAUACUAAAAACAUACUAAUUAUAAGUUUAUGUAAAUGAUAGCAAUGCAUAUGUAAAAGCUUUGAUUUGGGACUCUGCAAAAAGAAAGCUACUAGUAAGCACUUAUGAUUUAUUUUACAUAUUUGACUAUGAUAAUGACAUCUAUCUAUUAAAAUACUAAUUCAAAAAUUUUGUGAAAAGUGUUUACAUUAGUUAUUAAAAAAAUUUGGUGUAUGUUUCUGAUAUGUAAAGGCUUUCUGUCUUCGACUACUAAGUUUUUGGAUCUAAUUCCUAUUCUAAUUUUCCUUAAACUUUGUCUCCUAGUAUAUUAGCUGUCAACUAGGACUAAUACAUUUUAUUUGAAAACAGCUACUCAACUAUCAAAAAUAUUGUAGGCGGUAAGGUCAGAGAUGUUUUAAACUUUAAUAAUAUGAAUGUUGGAUAUUUCUAUUAUAAUUUUUAUAAUUAGGCAAAAUCAUAAUUCUAUUUGAUUACAUACAAUUAAUUUUUCAUCUUUGAGAUCACGCAAAACUAAUUGUCUAGAUUAUACUUUGAGUACUUAGACUCCUAAAUAAUUACUUUCAUAAGUGAUUCAAGCUCUUAGUUGCUGUUUGUUACUCAAAAAUAAUCAUUUUACUCUUUAAAAAAGGAUUAAUAAAAUCCAGAGCUUGUUAUUCUUUUUGAAGUUGAAAAUGGUAUUGGAAAUUUUUUAAACGUCGAUGAUAAUUAUUUGGUAUACAGCUCUAUAAAAUAUCCAAACCAGUGGAACAGGAUAAACAUUUAAGUAUCUCCAUCUUCAGCCUAAGUUGAGAUAGUUAAAAAUUUUAUCAUUCUUAACUAAAAUGAAUUCAUUUUAUAAAUACUAAGAAUAGAAAACACCUAAAAUUUACUGAUUCUUACAAACAAUUAACUUUAGAUAUUUGAUAUAGAGAAAGGUAAAUAAAAAUAAAUUCUAAAAUCUUUUAGCAAAUAAUCAAAGAUCUAUUAUGAUUCAUAGUAUUCUAGAAUUUUUCAAGUUGACAGAAUAUUUGGCACUAGCGUUUAUAAUAUGGAUUUGCAAAUUAUUUAAUAGAAUUUAGCAUCUCCAGGCAUAAAUAUUAUCAUUUAAGAGGAAUUUGUUUACAUAUUUUCUUUUAACUCUGUGAAUAUUUACUUAAGGAAUGAUCUCUAAUUACUUUCUUCAAUAAGAGACUUUGAUAAUUCGCUAUCAUUAACCAAUAUUAAAUACUCUGAUUAAGGUUAAAUAUUCAUCCUUUACUUUGAUAAGCAAAUAAGCUUCUACAAUGUCUCACCAUUCUAACAAGCAUAUCAAUAAGAUUAUCUUUAAGUUUCUAAUUAUACGAUUCUAUCAUAAAAUAUCACUUAAAUAAAUUCAUAAGUAAUUAGAAUAGAUUUAAACUUAGUAACUCAGAAAGGUGUUUUGAGUUAUAGCACUGACAUUUAUCUAUUAAAAAAACAACAAAAAUACUGCUCAGCUUCAUUGGAAAUACAAGCAAGCUAAAGCUAAAAUUUAAUAUAACAACAAUAAAACCAAUAUCUAAAUUUAAUUAGUAAAAAGGGAUUAUACAUUUAAAACAUAAACGUUCAAUUAGAUGUUUAGCCAAACUAAGUAGCAAAUUUGAUUUUUCCUUACAAUAGUUCAAUUGCUAUUGCCAAAAAUAACUCAUUAUUAAUAGAAUCAUCUGGUUUUAAUAAAAUAUAUUUGAAGGACCAAGAUUAGAGUGGUUAAUUUGCUGUGCUGCUUUAGCUAUCUAAAUUUUGUUUGUCACUUUUAUAAUUAAAAAGUUAGCAAUACUUUUUUGAUAGUUUUUGGUUUUAGAAGUUAAAAAUAUUGAAUUUAAUUGACAUUUAGCUUUCUGAUUUGGAUAAUAAACAAAUUAUAUUCUAAAAUUUGGAGGUGGUUUACAUAAAAAAUCUUCUUAUUAAUCAAGAAAAUGCUACAUCGACUACAUAAAAUACUAGUUCAGUUAUUAGAUUCAACAAUUUGUAGAUCGUUAAUAUAUUAAAUAUCACAAUAUCUCAAAGUUAAUUCAAUAACAACAAAAUCAUUUUAGAGUUUUUGAAUGUUACAAAUGUCACUAUAAAUUUGUUUUAAAUUUCAAAUAGUUCAUUUACAAAUCCUUUAACAAGUUCUAAUGUGAAUAAAAUAUUAAGCUUUUAACAAGUUAGCUAUUUGUCACUUAACUAAAUUAUAUUAAUUGGAAACAAAUUUAAAAAUUAGUAAAUAGUUCAAAUGAAUUAAAUCAGUUAAGUAGAAAUUUAAAAAGGCUAAUUCACUGAUAAUUUCUGGGAAUUCAAUAUAACUUAACUGUACUUUGGAAUUCUGUUAAAUGCAGCAGAUAUCUCUAUCAUUACACUGGAUUAAAUGUAAUUUUAUAGCAAUUCAAUAUCUUCACAAUUUUCUCAGCCUUUGCUCAAUUUUGUAAAUAUUAACAAAAAUUUAAGCCUGAGCUAAUUUAAUGUUAGCAAAUUUGAAAUUAGUCACACUUAGACUACAAAUAACUAUGAUUUCUUUUUAUUGGAGUGUUAAGGAAUUAAAAAUGCUUUAAUUUCUAAAAUCCGCAUCAUCGAAUCUAAUUAAGUAGGAUUUAUAAGCUUAAACAGCUAUUAGAAUGAAGAAGGAAAUGUUAUUUAAAAUUAGGUUAUAAAUAUUUUUUAGUACAUCCACUAAAGCGUUUAAAUCAAUUAGCAACUAUUAGCUAUAAAAGCAAUGUAAUUAAAUCUAACUUAAUGCUAAUUUGAGAGCAUAUCUAGCUAACAAACCAAACUAGAUUCUAGUCUUAUUUAUAUUUAAGUUGACAAAUAGCUUGUAAUUAAUCAAUUUUUCGUUAAAAAUAUCCACCUUAAAUCAAAUAACUUUGCAUAAAUUCUACAAUCUAAUUUUGUUUUGAUACAAAAUUCAUUUUUUUAUGGCAUGCAAACUGAAAGCAGCUGUACGGUAUUUAAGUUUAUUUAAAUAAAUUAACUUGAACUUUUAAAUAACAACUUCCAGAGCAGUAAAUCCUACCUAGAUGCAGGAUCAAUUAUGAUUAGCGAUGUCACUUCUGCUUCUAUAAAUGGUUGUAACUUUAUUGAGAACUCCUCUCAAACUGGUUAUGGAGGAGCGCUAUACUGCUUGAACAGUGUAAUUGAUCAAUUCAACAAUAAUAAUUUCACUAAAAAUGUAGCAAAUGAAGGUUCUGGAGGUGCCUUCUUUUUAGAUAAUUGCGAUAUCUUAGAAAUGGAAAACAACACCUUAACUUAAAAUACAGCUCUUAUAGGAGGAGGAACUAGAUAUGUGAAUAAACAGCCUAAAGUUUUUUCUAUGCAAAACUACUAACAAAGACUCUUAAAGCUAAAUUCUAAUAAAUUUUACCAGAACCAAGCUAAACUAUAUGGAUAAAAUAUAGGCUCUUAUCCGAUUUAUCUGGAUGUAAAAAGUUCUUUCUAAGACGAUAAUAGAAGUGAUAUCCCUCUGAUUUAAAAUGUAUAAAGUGGAAAUACUACAACUCCAAUAAUUGUUAGAUUGAUUGAUGAAGAAAUGAAAGAAAUAAGAUUUUACUAAUAAAAUGAAGUCAAUCAUAUUAAUCCUAGAAUAUAAGAGGAGUAUUAAAAUUAUUUACUAUCAAUAGAAAGCUCAGAAGUUGGUUUGCAAGGAGAUUUGGUGCAAAAAUAUGAUUUUGAAAGGUUUGGGUUUGUCUUCAAUGUGUCAUAUUCUUAUCAGCCAGCUAACAGCUCGUCAAUAAAGAUUAAAAGCAUUUCUAAAUUACCUACCCUAGACUCGAAUUCUUUAAGCUUUAAUAAUGAAUUACAUUAAAUUUAACUUAAUCUUUAAUUUAGACAAUGCUUAAAGGGCGAGAUAAUUUAAAAUUUCAAUAAAUUCUAACUGUGUUACAAAUGUUAAAGAGGCUUUUAUUCAUUGGAAGAUCCACACUUAAAGCCGAAUUCACAAUGCUAGAAAUGCCCACAAGGGUCGUUAGACUGCCAUUCAAAUGUUAUAAAAUUACAAAAUGGUUAUUGGAGAACGAAUGAAGACUCUGACAUUUUAGUCUAAUGUAAAAAUUCAUAAUAUUGCAAACCAGAAGACUUUGAUAAUAUAAAUGGAUGUGCAAGAGGUCAUUUUGGAGUUCUUUGUGAAACUUGCGAUUUAAAUGGGUAAAUUUGGGGAUAACGUUAUGGACGAAGUUAUGAUGGAAGCACUUGCUAAGUUUGCUCCAAUGAAUUCUUAUCUUUUUCUGUUGGAAUUCUUGCUAUCUUGUUCUUAUUUAUUGUGACUUACCUUCUAUUUUAAGUCUAAAGGCAACACACAUUUUUACAAAGACAAAUGAGCUGGUAUUACCUAAGAAAAUUAGGUUUUUUUAUUCUCCACGACACAGAAAUAAAACCUAUGGCGACUUAUAUAAAAAUAUUAAUAAAUUAUUUUUAAUUUUUAUCCCUGCUUAAUAGUUUUGGAAUACCUACAAUCGAUUAUUUGUCUAUCUUUUAAUUAAGUGGAGGAGAUCCACUUCAAUUCACAAUCUACAAUUUAGACUGUGCUUACAGCUAUUUUAUAAGCUAUUUACCUCUGUACGGUUUCAGAGUUAUUUGGGCUAACAUCCAAGUAAUUUUUAUUUACUUUGCUGUGCAAAUAUUUAACUUGAUAUACAGCAUAUUUUCCUUUGAAAAAUUUUCUAUAACAACAUCUUCCCUGACACUAGUUUAUCUCUUUUAUAGUUCCUCAAUGAUUAAAAUCUUAACUCAGUCAGCUUCUUGCACAUUUAUUUCUGGUUAGUAUUACAUUUAAUUAGAACUCAAUCACGUAUGCUACACCUCAGAACAUUUAAAUUUGCUAUAAAAAAUAGUUGUUCCUCUUCUAUUUCUUUGGUUUUUAAUCAUUCCUUUUAUCUUUUUGUAUAUUCUAAUGAAAAGUAAAAGAAAUUUAAAAAAUUUAAACACCUUGAAUCAAUUUGGGUACCUCUAUCAAGAUUACAAACCUGAAUGUUUUUACUGGGAUAUAGCAAGAAAUUAGUUUAGAGCUCUACUUGUUAUCAUUUUAAACGUGUUGAAUAUUUCUACAUACUUAAAGACUUAAUUGCUUUUAAUCUUUGUAUACUUUUAUCUUAAAGUUUAAUCAAAAGUAAAGCCAUUUUUGUUAAGUCAAUUUAACUACCUUGAUAAAAUUUCAACUAAACUCCUAAUUUUUAGCAUACUCAUCAUAUCUGCGUCUUAUUAGAAUCAGAAUAAUCAACUUUAAUCAAUUUUGUAGAUCAUUUUCUUUUCAAUAAAUGUUUCUUACAUAAUGCUCUUUAUUCUCUUGAUCAAUGCAAGGCCCAUUUCUAUAAAUUAAAAGUCGAUCAAUUUCAAUUAAAGAAUUUAUCUAUUUUUAUCCAAAAUAUUUCCAAAAUAAAUAUUUCUUCCCCAAUACAAAGGCAACAAUUCUACUAGAAUCAAUUAUUUAUGGAAGAAAGUUAAAAACUCAAUUAAAAAAAUUAUCUAAAAAGAGCCUAAACCAAAAAAUUCUUCAUCACUUAGCUAAAGUUAGUUCCGACUUCUUUCCUUGGGAUCACAGAAAUCCUUAUUAAAAUCAUAAGUUAAAUUAAGGUCUAAAAGCACUAAACUGAGCGUUAAGUUUAAUUGAGUGAAAGCAUGUAAAAUAUAAC